ACAAGCCGCCAAUGAGCGGGGCACAAGAGCGGAUGCCUGUCUUAUUAAAACGGCCGAAGUCUUGGCCGUCUUUUCAGCGAGUGAUUUCGGUGUGUCCUAGCUGAGCCCAGGUUCUGGAGGUGAUUGCGUACUUCCAGCCCUCCAAAAGAGGAAGGAAAGCGAGACGGCGCUUUUACUGUAGCAUCAUACGGCGGUCUUAAGGGAACUACAGUAGCGAGUAGGAUACGACUUACUGCAGGCUGGCAUGAAAGUCUCGUUUUAGGACCCUGGCGUGUGAAGUAGACUUCUAUCACAGUGAACAUUGGCUUCAGAAGAUUCUCAGUAUACUGCGAAGAGUCUCUGUGCAGCCCAAUGUGGAGCUUACUCCCCACUACCUCCGCUGGUGUAAUAAGUCCAGACUGAAGUCUUCCGUCAUGGCUACGUUAUGCCUGGGGCUUUUUCUGUUCCUGUUCCAUCCGGCCGUUGUGCCCCCCAGGCCAGCUUUUGAUUUUAACCGCGAACUGGACUCGCAAUCCCCGAGCUACGUGUUCCAAAGUCAUAACAUCUUUCAACCUGCUGGAUUUCCCAAUGGCACCACUCAGCGACUCCCCCAAACUGUCAUCAUCGGUGUGCGGAAAGGUGGUACCCGGGCGCUGUUGGAAAUGUUGAACCUCCAUCCGGAGGUGACCGCCGCCCAAAGUGAGAUUCACUUCUUCGACUGGGAAGGGAAUUACCAGAAAGGUCUCCAGUGGUAUAGCAGUCAAAUGCCAUUCUCCUAUCCCAACCAGACCACGGUCGAAAAGACGCCGGCCUAUUUCACUUCACCCAAAGUGCCUGAAAGAAUCUUCAACAUGAACCCAUCUAUUCGGCUCCUGCUGAUACUGCGGGACCCGUCGGAGAGGGUUAUAUCGGACUACACUCAGAUAUUACACAACCGAAUGCAAAAACACAAGCCGAUUAAACCGGUGGAGGAGUUGCUGAUCAGAGAUGGUCAGAUCAAUGUUGACUACAAGGCAAUUGACCGCAGCCUAUAUUAUAUCCAUAUGGAAAACUGGCUGAAAUAUUUCCCCCUCAGCCAAAUACACAUCGUGGACGGUGACAAGUUGAUCAGAAACCCUUUCCCUGAAUUAGAAAAGGUGGAGAAAUUUCUGAGACUUUCCCCGCGGAUUAAUAUGUCUAAUUUUUACUUCAACAAAACGAAAGGAUUUUACUGCCUCCGAGAUGGUGAGAAAGAAAAGUGUUUGCACGAGUCGAAAGGGAGAACCCACCCGCAAGUAGACCCGGUUGUGCUCAAUAAAUUGCGCGCCUUCUUCAGUGAACCGAAUCAGAAAUUCUUCAACUUGGUUGGCAGGACAUUCGAUUGGCAUUGAAUUAGUGCGUGUACCGAUUCUUUUUUCUAAAAUGAAAUAUAUAUAUAUAAUGUACAAAACUAUCCUGAAUGGUAAUUUAAGUGGGUUUCCGUAGAAUAAGUAAUUAUAUAUGUAAGUAUGUCGGUCUUCAUUCAGAGCUGGCUAUAUUUUUCUACAUUGUCGCCACAAUGCUCCGGUUUCCGACGUGAGUUACUUUCGUUUUCCUAAUAGACUAACAGAACUCUAACCGAUAUAUCAAAAUGUUUCGUGGAAGUUGGGGUAAAGAUGAAAAAUUCGGGAUACUAUGAUCCGUGAAAAGGUGUAAAGCUAUAUUCUCUGGUGUUUUAGAGUAUGUGGGGUGAUCUUACUGAAACAUGUAAGAUCUUUAAAGGGCAUGACAGUGCAGAGGUGGAGAUGUUUCCGGGAAUGGGAACCUUUUGAGCUUGGAGAAUAGUCAUUUAGGGUGUUGAGGGCAAUAGGGACAUAGCACAGAAGAGGAGAUAAAGUUUAGGGCAGAUGAAUCAUGAUCAUAUGAAUAAUAGGCCAGGCUUGAGAUUGGCCUGCUAUUCUUAUUUUCAUGGUGUGUAAUAUUGCAAUAGCAUAUUUAUAAAUAUAUAUAUAUAUAUAGACCAUGUUUAUACUUUGCAAAUACAUCUGUAUCCCCAAAGAGUGCAAUAUUUGAUUGAAUUAUGUUAUUCACAAAGUGUUGCACAAUUGCUGCUAUUGUCUGUAGCAUUAAGCACUUCCUAUAACUGGACAAGAAGCAAGAGUGUGAUAAGUACACUAGUAAACUGAGAGCGCCCUUUAUAUAUUUGCUACUAAUCCCCACGAUGUUUCCAUUUUAUUUUAUUUUUAUUUAUUUUUUGCAGGAAGGGGAAAUAUAUGAAGUUUUGUAUUUGAAUAUUCAUGUUAUCUUGUUUUUGUAUACUGUCAGUUUUUGUAAACUUCAAAUUUUUCUGCUAAUAUUGUAUUAACUAGAACUUAUGAUAUGAAAUAAAGCUGCAGUGUUUGUUA